UAGAAGUUUUAGAAACUGUAAAAGAAACAAUAUAAUUUUGCACAAAACAUCUUUAGACUUAACCAUCUUUGAAUCAGCACUUAAUUUUAAAUACAGGCACAUAAAUACAAAAAAAUUUAAUCGUACAAUUAAUAGAGUUUAUAGUCUAUAAAAAUGAGUUUUUGCGUAAAUAUAAGUACCGCUAAAAGUGAUGUAAAACAGAUUAUUCUUACAUUUGGAAAAUUACAUCAUGCCUAUAAUUAUUUAAAAAACAUUGUGGAAGUAAUUUCUGAAGAAGAAUUUGAUGAAUUGAUGCGAAAAUUUCGAGUUGACGAAAAUAUUUUGAGUAAUUUACUUACGAAAUGUGAAGAUGAAGAGUUCCAAAGAAGCUUGAAUAAAAAGUUAUGUAAAAGAGCAAAAAAAAGGACGAAGAUUAACUUAAGACAUAAAGUUUUGCGUAUAAAAAAUAAAGAAUUACAUGAAACCAUGGAUGAAUCUUUGAAUUUUUCAAGAAAAAAAAUUAAUGAAACCAUAAAUAAAGAAAAUAUUUGUAAGCAGAUAAAGAAUAAUUUAUUGGCUCUUAAAAGAAAAAUAUUGACUGCAGAGAAGCGAAUUAAACAAAUUGAAGUAAAAUAUGUAUCAAUUGGGGAGAAAAAUGAAAUAAAUUCCAAAACAAGAAAAGUAUUAAAAUCAUGGCGGAAAAAGCUUGAUGAAUAUAACAAUGAAGAAUCAACUUUAAAAGACGCAUUAUCAUUUUAUUCACAGUCUCUCGAAGAUCAAUGGCAUAAAACUUUAUUCGGCAACAAACAGCGUAAUCGUAAAGUCACUAAUUUCUCAGAAAUACGCAAAUUUUUUGGCAUUCGCAAAAUUUGGGAUUCUUAUUUGGUUACCACAACAGAUUCGAGAGGUAGUUCUAUUCCUUUUGGAUGGGUUUUUCCACCUGAAAGACCUUCGGAGCUGUGGGCUGAGUAUUUACGUAAGGAUGACUCAAUUUUAGAAAAAAUUUAAUACGAAAACAGGAAUUUUCAAUUUAUUUCAUAUAAUUUUUCUUAAAAUUUUAAUAUAUGUAUAUACCUAUUAAAUAUGUUAAAAUUUUAGUUUAAAAUCAAUGCUAUCUAUUUAUUAUUUUAAUAACACACAAACGUUCACCAGGAA